GGCGAGCCACGGGACGCUGACAAGCGGCGAGGAGCGAGCUGAGCUCUAGGGACCUCGGCCCUGGCCGCCUGGACCCGGACUCUAGGGCUGCGCCGGCAGCCGUCGAGAGUGACCGCACUCCGUCACUCGGGGCUCGCCGCCGGGACACUCCAAAUUACGGCCCCGCGCCUCACCUCUCUGCACCGCCGAGCCCCAGCGUCGGCGUGUGGGCGGGCGGUGGGGGCGGAGCUCGCCCUCCCGGGCCGCUGAUUGGCUGUCUCCGCUUCCCUUUCACCUUCCCGGCUGCAAAGUUCAGGUGUGAAAGGACCGCGGUCUGCGAGCCCGCUGCUGUCUGAGAGGUUGCGGUUUGCUCUCCCAGGGAGGCCUUAACCUCGCCCAGCCUUCUGCGGCAGCGCCCCACCAGCCCAGUUUCCAGAAAUAGUUUGGGUUUAUAUUAUUUUCUCGCACGGUGGAAGAUGUUGGCAUUUAUGUUCGCCUCUACACGAAUGUUUUGCUGGCAACUUAAAUGACUAUUUUUCUCAGAAACGCGAGAUAUUUUCUCCCCCAGGUGUUCAUACUGUUAUUUUUCAUGACAAAUCUUGACCACAAUACAUACAAAAAAUACAUAGAGAUGAUAACUAAUAUAGUUAUAUUGAGUCUGAUCAUUUGCAUAUCUUUUGCUUUCUGGAUUAUGUCUAUGACUGCAAGCACCUAUUAUGGUAACUUACAGCCUAUUUCUCCUUGGCGUUGGCUGUUUUCUGUUGUUGUUCCUGUUUUGAUCGUCUCUAAUGGCUUUAAAAAGAAAAGUCUAAAUCAUACUGGGGCUUUAGGAGGGCUCGUGGUUGGAUUUAUCCUAACCAUUGCAAAUUUCAGCUUUUUCACCUCUUUGCUGAUGUUUUUUCUUUCUUCCUCAAGACUCACUAAAUGGAAGGGAGAAACAAAGAAACGUCUAGAUUCAGAAUACAAGGAAGGUGGGCAGAGGAAUUGGAUUCAGGUAUUCUGUAAUGGAGCUGUGCCCACAGAGCUGGCCCUGCUAUACAUGAUAGAAAAUGGCCCUGGGGAAAUCCCAAUAGAUUUUUCCAAGCAGCACACUGCUUCUUGGAUGUGUUUGUCUCUCUUGGCUGCACUGGCCAGCUCUGCUGGAGACACAUGGGCUUCAGAAAUUGGCACCGUUCUGAGUAAAAGCCCACCGAGGCUGAUAACAACCUGGGAGAAAGUUCCAGUAGGGACCAAUGGAGGAGUUACGAUGGUGGGCCUUGCCUCCAGUCUCCUUGGUGGGACCUUUGUGGGCAUUGCGUACUUCCUCACGCAGUUGGUUUUUGUUAAUGAUUUAGACAUUUCUGCUCCUCAGUGGCCAAUUAUUGCAUUUGGGGGUCUGGCUGGAUUACUAGGAUCAAUUGUGGAUUCAUAUUUAGGAGCUACCAUGCAAUUUAGUGGUUUGGAUGAAAGCACUGGCAUGGUGGUCAGCAGCCCGGCGAAUGAGGUGAAGUACAUAGCAGGAAAACCCAUUCUCGAUAACAAUGCUGUGAAUCUGUUUUCUUCUGUCCUUGUCGCCCUCUUGCUCCCAACAGCAGCUGCUUGGGGUUUUUGGCCCAGACAGUGAAUUUUAUGUCAUUUACAAAAGUUAAAACUUAGGUAAAUUCAGCUAAAUUUGCAAUUCCAAGUUUCAUCCCAAGAAGAGUAAUUGUAAUGACAAAGCAGAAAUGCCAGCUUCUCCUCUGUUCCAUUACAGUGGAACUCCACGUUUUUCCUCUCUCUAACUCCAUUGUAACAACUAAUAUGUUUUUGGUGAAAGACAAGGCUCAUAGAAUUUAUGCAUAUUUUUCUUCUGCUGAAUGGAACUUGAGCAAUGAAACUAUAAUGUCCCUAUAUAUUGAACUGAAAGUUCCUGCAUGGUAGAUAUAAAUUUUGUUUUGUUUGUUUAAAUCAGUAAAAGGACUAAAAGUGAUAAAAUUUUUAAAUGGCUCAGUUGUGGCAGAGAAAUGUCACCAUGCCAAUUAUCCAAAUGUUGUAUCUGUUUUAAGUAUUUAAACCGAUGUGUGUGGAAGCCUGAAUAAGUGUGGUAUCCUGGACUUCUCCCCUUACUUGCCAUUUAUUAUUGUAAAAAGUGCGGAGUUUGGUUCCUGGUGAGCUGCGAGGUCUACUCCACGUUUGUUCUUCCUUCCUCAGGGUUAGUGAUGAAAAAAAAGUAAAUAUUGUUUUCAUGUGACCAUUAGAAUGCAUGAAAAAAAUUUAUUUUUAGGUAAAGGAAAAGAGAUAUAUCUUAUGUCUAAAAAAUAUGCACCUUACUAUAUGUUUUAGUUGGUCUCUGAGCAGAAAUUAUCUUGAAUUUAAUAUUUUUAAUGUAUUUUCUAGCUUUCUUUGAAAUUUGUCUAGGAAUCUGAUUUACAUUGGCAUCUUGACCAGUUAAAGAGUCACUGGAAAAUUAUUGCAAUUAUUUCAUUUGCUGUCCUAGAAUUCACUGGAAAAUGCUAUGAUUUCCUAUUAUGUACCUUCUAAGUUGUGCUCUCCUUUACAUAGAGCCUCAGCCAAAGUGAAUUCUACUUUUCAGUUUUGUUCUUCACUUUGAUGUACGUACUAAAGGGGUUUAACAUAGUAUGGAUUAUUGUGCUAAAGUAUUUUGAAAUAUUUCACAUGUGAUUUCCAUACCUUUCUUCCCCUUCCCCUUUUGCAUUCAUAGAAAAAUUGAGGAGAGAUUCCAUGAAUAAGCCACUAUCAGAGUGGAGAAAGCUUUAUUUUCUUUGUUGGUGACCCUGCUACAGUGAUUAUCUAGAAAUGACUUGGUUCAGGAAGAAUUUUUUAAAAAACAGUUGACACACUUAAGCCUUAAGCCAAGAAACUCAGUGGGUCUCAGCCAUCUGCUUUGUGUAUACAUUGGCAUCACCUGAGCAUCUUUAAAAAAAAUACUUGUGUCUGGACUUCACCCAAAGAUUGUGUCUGGUCUGGGUUACAGCCUGGGUACUGGGACUUUUUAAAGCUCUGGCUGCCCGUUAGAGUCAUGUAGGGAGUUUUUUAAAAUACUGUUGUCAAGGCUCCUUUCUAGACCAAGUAAAUCAGAGUGUCUGAAAGUGAGACCCAUGCAUGGGUCAUUUUUAGAAAGCUCCCUCCCUGGGAUAGUCUAAUGUUUAAACAGGUUGAGAACUACUAAAUAAGAAUAUCCUUACAAAAAUGUCAAAUUAUUGUGUUGUCCACCUGAAACUAAUGUUGUAUGUCAAUAAAAAAAGAUAAAAAAGAAAAGAAUAUCCUAUACCUAAAAGUCUCAAAAGAGUGGGAAUUUUCAUUUUUAUGCAGACAACUAUUAGCAGCAGUGCCGUGUGCUGUCUUUAUGGAUGGAUAGCUUCUGGUAAUUAUACAGUCUUACAGCUACAUCACUUACCAAAUCAUUCCUGUGGCAGUUUUUUGUGCAGCCUGUUUAUUCCUACAGCUGUUCUAACAUGCCUCUUUUCUCUUUUCCUGGAGAUUCAUCCUCAUGACAUACUUUGGGACAAAAAUACUCAUUGGAGCCAUUUGGGGUUUGGUAGAAUCACCACAUCAGUAACAGUUUGGGGACAUACUGCUUCACAAUCCUUUGUUUGAAAAUCUAGGGCUAGUUGUGUUUUGGAAUCAAAAUUUUUCAGAUUUUAGAAAAGUGAUAGGGUACAUAUAAAAUAUUUUACUUAAAAAUCCCAAAAGAGUCUAGGAUGGCACCCAUUAUCAAAUACACUAAUAUUUCUGUGGUGAGUAUAUGAAUACCACCAAUAAGUGUGUUAACUAAAGACUAUGAGAGCCUCAGAUCAGGUCAGAUCAGUUUUUGUCAUAGAAUUUAGGAAGAAACUUUCUGUUUUCAGAGCAUUUUUGGAUAUGAUAAUUGUAGAUUUUUUUAAAUGAAGCACUUUUAAAAAAAACUUAUAUGUAUCUUACUGAAACAGUAAACAGUUUGUGUAAAAAAACACUUUUCAUGGAAAGAGCUCCAUGUAGCCGUAUGAUAAAAUAAUAUGUACUAUUGCCUACCUAGGCAGCUUACAGGCAUAUAUACUACUUCUUGCCAUACUGUCACACAGUAGAAAAGAGCAAGGUGUAUGUGGCUCAGGGCAGCUCCCGAAGGAGACCUGAAGACUUUAAGGAGUGUUAUUUGAAGACUUGCCAAAUGGAGCCAACAGAACAGUGAACUGCUACAACAGGUCAUUCCAUUCCUAGCUUUUCUCGUUCCUUGAGUUAUCUAUGCCUCAGCCUAGGGGCGUAUGUCUCUUUCUUAUUUCUAGCUGCUUUACAUGUAGGAUGCUGGCUUCAGAAAUGCCAACCUCAUCCCAAUUAGGUAUAGGCCUAGUACAGAGAAAAAUCAUGUGUGGUGACAUAUUGUAAACUUUGCCACAUGCCUGCAAUAUGAACAGCUGCCUCAUGUUUGCACAGUGGGUGACCUGGAGCCCCCAUCAUCUCAUGUUCCUGAUGCCAUCGCAACGAGAAAAGACUGUACUUAGCUACCAAAUCCCAGGUGGCUUGCACGUGGUUUAAACAUGAAAACACAAUUAUGCAGCUUAACUAUGGAGUACUGUUGCUAUAACUCCAAGUGGAACAUUUGGAAACUGAACUGAACAUUUUUAAAAUAUGUAAGUGUUUAAUAUAUGUUUGUUUGUUAAGUUGUUCGACGCUAAUCAGUUCUCCCUUUAAGAAUCACUGAAGGGCUUCCCUGGUGGCGCAGUGGUUGAGAAUCUGCCUGCUAAUGCA